GUCAAAGUGGCAGUCUGUUGCCGAUUUUGAGGCAGUUUGGUAAACAUGUCAGUUGGUUCGCGAAGUGGAUUUGUCUUGGAAUACUAUGAAGUGUGUUUUGUCUUAAAUCGUGACUGAAAUAUGUAAUAAAUCUAAAAUAUAACAGCUGGAAAUUCAAGUGCAGUGUUAGUUUGUGAUUUUUGGUGGACAGUUUCUGUGUAAAAUUGUGAUUCAAGGCAGUAACAUCGCUGCGAUAAAUUUCAAGUUCGCCGGCUUAUCAUGUUGUGGCAAUGGUCGUAACUUCUACACGAUGCCGACGGUGUAGUAUGUACGAGGGAUUAGUGAAACGCUGAAAUAAAAUCGUGUUGCGAAGAGUUAAGCUCACAUUCCUAUUUAAAAUUGUGCAGUUCGAAAUUUAAAAUGCGCGAGCGUGAUUGGUCACCUCGCUGUGUGUUUAGUGAUGUGCAGUGUUAGUUAUCGAUAGUCGUCAAUAUGGCGACGAUGGAUCUCACCAACGAGGUGAUCCGACUGAGGGCGGAACUGGAGAAGGUGGCAGCUGAGCGGGAUAUGCUUCUAUGCGAGGUGUCCAACUUGCGACGAGAGUUGGAACUCAGCCAGUUGAAUAACUUACAGGAUGACAGCUUCUCACAGAAAGUGGACGAGGAGGACGGCGGCGGCGGGGUGGCCCUUCACCCACCCGACGGCUUCUACUCCCACAGCCACUCCAUCCACAGCGGCCACCAUGCCCACCACGCUGAACCAGACCGUGGAUACAUGGAGGGCAACAGAUACGUCACGGCUGUGCAUCGACCAAUGCCUGCAUUAAACCACUCUAAUUCGUCAUGCUCAUCAGCUUCCAACGCGUCGUCGGUGGUGUGCGCGGGCGCAGCCGAACCCGCACCGCCGCUGUACAUUGCGGCCCCGCCAGAGGGUUUCGGCCUCGCUGUUCAUACAAACAGGCGUGGGACAGACGUCUCCAUCAUUGGGACCACAGGGAUUACUCAAAAAGAACAGAGUUUACCCCAAAAAAGGGGUAAAUUGACGAGAGGCCGUUAUGAAAUGUCCCAAGACUUACUGGACAAGCAAGUUGAGAUCCUAGAGAGGAGGUACGGAGGCUUGAGGGCUCGGAGGGCGGCGGUCACCAUCCAACGGGCGUUCAGGAGGCGACAGCUGUUGAAGAAGUUUAGUGCCAUCACCGCCAUGGCGAAGGCGGCCGAUUCCACCAACAGGAGGAUGCAGGACGGGUCUGAUCAUGGCCAACUAGUCAAUGGUACGGAUAUCUACGCAAACACAAAAAUGCAGAAGAGCCCCGCUGGUCAGGAGAAGAUGAUGGCUCUCACCAGACCAAUGCGGUCCAUGUCGCUGCGAGAGAGACAUGAUAUGGACAUAAGCAAUCACCUACAAUUGGACGCUCAAAACGACGUGGAAGCCAUGGUGGCCAGGGUCCAGCAUUCGGCCCAUCAGAUCCACAUGAUUGCCCAGGACAUGCCCCAUCUCCAUCGCGGCGAUGCUGAUAGUGGGGUGUGCGGCUGCUCUGUCAGCGGGUCCGUGACCAACAUAUCGACGUCCUCUUCGCACAAUGAAUCUCUACAUAACCAUCAGUUGCUGAACAAUACAGGUCCAAUCUACGGCAACCUCUUGUCUUCGGGCGGGAAACCCAUAUCGUCUCCUACGGCGAGGCAGCAGCAGCAACUGGCCGCCAUACAGGCCGCCAACGCCAGGAGACUUCCACCAGAAGUACCCAAGAGAACCAGUUCUAUUACACUUAACGCGGAAAGCCCAGUGUCCCUCCGCCGGGCGGAAUGCGGGGGUGCGGUGGUGCGCGGGGGGUCAAUGUCUUCAGUGCAGUCGUCAUCGUCUUCCUCGUCACAGGAACACCGCCACCAUUACCACCAGCCUUAUCAGCCGAGAGCUCCGGAGCCUCACGUGCACAUAGCGGAGCAGCACUUCCAGCACCAGCGCUCGGCGUCGGGCCCCGCGCUGGAGGGCGCCGAGCGCUACGCCGUGUGGAAGCGGCAGGACGCGCCGCCCUACUACGACGCCUGCUGCCAGCCGCGCCACGACCACGUCCAGAUCCAGCAGCCGCCCAAGGUAUCAGAAACGGUGCGCAAGCGUCAAUACCGCGUCGGCCUGAACCUCUUCAACAAGAAGCCUGAGCGAGGCAUCGCUUACCUGAUCUCGCGAGGGUUCCUGGAGAAUUCCCCGCGAGGUGUCGCCAGGUUCCUCAUCACGAGGAAGGGCCUGAGCAAGCAGAUGAUAGGGGAAUAUCUGGGGAAUCUGCAGAACCCCUUCAAUAUGGCUGUUUUGGAGUGUUUCGUGAACGAGCUGGACCUCUCCGGCAUGGCUGUGGACGUGGCGCUCCGCCGGUACCAGGCGCACUUCCGGCUGCCGGGCGAAGCGCAGAAGAUAGAGAGAUUGGUCGAGGCCUUCGCGAGGCGAUACUGCGUGUGUAACACAGACUUCGUGCAGAGACUUCGCACGCAAGAUACGAUAUUCGUGCUGGCGUUCGCCAUAAUAAUGUUGAACACCGACCUCCACACUCCCAACUUGAAGCCCGAGGCGCGGAUGUCUCUCGACGAUUUCGUACGCAACCUCCGCGGUAUAGACGACUGCGGUGACAUAGACCGGGAUAUGCUGGCCGGCAUAUACGAGAGGGUCAAGUCCAGCGAGUUUAGACCCGGCAGCGACCAUGUUACUCAGGUGAUGAAAGUCCAGGCCACAAUAGUGGGUAAGAAGCCCCACUUGGCUCUACCACACAGAAGGCUGGUCUGUUACUGUCGUCUCUAUGAAAUACCCGACAUACACAAGAAGGAGAGGCCUGGAGUACAUCAGAGAGAGGUGUUCCUCUUCAACGACCUGCUGGUGAUCACGAAGAUCUUCAGCAAGAAGAAGUCCUCUGUCACGUACACGUUCCGGCAGUCGUUCCCGCUGUGCGGCAUGUCGGUCAACUUGUUCGCCGUGCCACAUUAUCCAUUCGGCAUUCGUCUCUCGCGCCGCGUGGACGGCCGCCGCCUGGCGACCUUCAACGCUCGCAACGAGCACGACCGCUGCAAGUUCGCGGAGGACCUGCGCGAGAGCAUCGCCGAAAUGGACGAGAUGGAGGCCAUGAGGAUCGAGGGGGAACUUAACAGGGGCAAGGGGAGGGGCACAGGGAAUAAUAGGGGAGUGAUGGAGAAUAGAGACAGCGGUGUGGCUGACGUGGAGAUUGACCAUCAGCAGUGCAUGGACCACGUGCAUAUGCAUGGCGUGGUGGUGCCCCCGCCGCCGUCGUGCCCGGCACCGGCGGCCCCGCCGCGGCCGGCGCACCACCCGCCGCCCACCACCAUCAUCAAGCGGAACGUGCUCUCCAACUCGCUCGUCGACAUCAACGAUCCUGUGGCAUUAGCAGCUGAACGCCUACAGCGGCGAGGAUCAGUGGGCUCCCUGGACAGCGGGAUGUCGGUGUCCUUCCAGCAAGGGAGCCGCAACGCUCUGCACGCCACUUCACCCAGACACCCCACAGACCAGCGGUCACCAGGUCGUCUCUUCGGCGGAAUUUUCCCAGGACGUAUCAGAAAAUUGAGCGCCUCCGGAGUACCGGAUACGAAGCACGGACAAGUCGGAAAGAGCACAGAGGUUUAAACCAAAUUGGCUAACCGGAGUAUUGAUUAAUCCUUACCGGGAAAAACCUUUAUUUUCCAAGAAAAUCUAUUUGAACGACACAUGAUAAAUUGUUAUUUUAAAUCUUGUUGUGUAUGAAUGUGCAUUACCUGUUGCACUGAACAGAAAAUUUGUCAAAAUGUAAUUUCUUGAUAUCUAACUUAAAUCAAGUCAUUCAACUGAAUAAAUGAAUUGUCAGAAAAUAUUAUCAUUGAAAUAUGGUCAUGUGCAAAAUCUGUCAGAAUGACGUUCUCAUUUCUUGAUUAAAUCAUAAUAACUUAUUCAAAUGAAUGAACGAAAUGUAUGAAUUGUGAAAGGUUUCACUCAAGUAUCGAAAUGUGGGUCCAUGUUUGGGAGUAGACAUUUGUUAGAACGGUGUGGGUUACGAAUUAGCGAAUGAAAGAUUUGAUAUUCCAUUUUCAAAAGUAGUUCUUGUUAUCAUUCAAAUAGAGUUUGAACUUGAAUGGCUGAUUGACGUACUUACGACGUCUGUUAUGAAUUCUAUAUAUGAAUGUCUGGAAAUAUGUUUUUGAUAAAAAUUAUUUUUUAUUAUUAUACGACGGUUAAGGUCUGAAUACACGAACAUAAAAGAUUUAAAAAGUUAGAUGAUUUGUAUGAUUAUGCCUUUUUAGGCAUCUAUUUAUUGUCUUUAAAAUGUCUUUAUUUUACUUAUUCUUAUCACCUGGUAUAUAUUUAAUUACUAGCAAAAACACUUAUGGCUUUGUUACAUAAAUUCAUAGAACAACUUUAACUUUGGGUCGGUGUUCGGAUCUUUACUGGGUAAAAAUAAAUAUUUUAACAGGCUAAUAUAUAUAUAGGUAUAUUUGCCCAAAAUAUAGGGAUUUUGAAGUAAUCAUAUAACUUUGAUUUGAUGCUGAAUUGACUUAGAGAAAAGGGAAAGGACUGUAAUAAAAAAAUGAUUAUGGAAGGUUUAAAAAUACAUGAUUAUGACGAUUUAGUUGCACGUUACCAGAUGCCACGAAGUAUUAAAUUUCUUUAUUAUAGAGGAAUUAAUAAAUUUUAUCUUAGCGUUCGUGGAUUCGUAUUUUCUUUAGAAUAAUUGUACAUACGUUUCAGAUAGAUUCCAUAGGGAGCAACAGUAGGAUCACAUUUAUUUUUCAAGCACAAAAGCAAUAAAAAUUUCUAUAGUAACAAUUACAUCACAGUAAUAAAUAUAAAAUAUAUUUAAUGAAUACGAAUUUAUUCACUAUUGUUGAUGAAUUUUAUUAGCUUUAUAGGUCAUUUGAAGAGUUUUAAAAUAGGCUAGUUCACUCCUUCGAGUUGAAAAUCUCGAAAUUCGUUAAAGUAGGCGUCUAGUCUUUUGGUGCAUUUGUCCAAAUAAUAAAAUAUAUAGUCUAUAUAAGAAUCUUCCUUGUCCUAUUCAUUUCCGACUGAUAAAGGCUGCUUUUCGAUCUAUAUAUGACGUUUGUUUUGUCUAUCUGUUCGUAUUGUCAAUGUUACCGCUCUUUUCCCUUGUAUUACCAUGAUGUAUACCUAUGAAUAGUUAUAAGUAUUUAUAAUUACGAUGACGGCCGAUCUGUGAGCUAUUUUUUUCGGAAACCACAAGAAAACCGGCAGGAAUAUGAAAAUUAUCGGAUUCCUUUGUCUUUGGGAGUAUACCUAAUGAAGUAUUUGUUAAAAUGGGCAUUAAUAUUAUCGACUACUAGGAAAAUAUCGCGCAUAUUUGUUUUAUAUGGCGCCAUAAGUCGCAAGACAUACCGCCCACGAGCGAGCGAGCAAUGCAAGCGAGGCAAAGAAAGCUGCGUCAGCUGUCAGCUGCGAAAUAACUUUUAUAAGUAGAUUAAUUUUAACAAAAUUAUUUAAAAAAUAGUUUGAAAAGAAGUGAAAAAUGAUCGCUCGCUCGCUUACAUGUAUAGUCAACGGCAGAGAAACGUGACCGAUCAUACAAACUAUGAGUUCGGUUUUUUGCAGAUGACUGUAUACCUACCUAACUAUAGAUUUGUCCAUUUUGUCCCUGUACAAAUCGCGGUCGGCCAAAAGUGUUGACUAAUUAAAAUUUAACUAACUACUUAACUGUUGACUUUUUACCGGUUAGUAGGCUUGUUGUUUCUACUGUUUGAUACGUGGGUAGAUAGAUAAGAAAUAAACCGUCUAUUGAGAAUGGUUUCCUGACUUUCCUCUUACACUAAAGAAGCUGAUUUCGAAGACUUUAUUUUCGUCUUAACUUAAUAAAGAUUAUUUCGAAGAAUAAUUUUUUUUUCUUUACUAAGAUAUUGUCGAAGAAUUCUACGAAGAUUUGUUAUAAUUAAUUGAAAUUAAUUAGAUGAAUUAUUCAAAGUGGAAUAUAAUUGUACCCAAAGAUGAUGUAAUCAAUUGUACCUUUUAUCAUAUUCUUUCUUAUAUUCAAAAUACAAGAUUUCUUUCCUGUUACUGAAUCUCCAUUUCUAUAAAUGUUAUAUAUGAAGAUAAUCUUCAUGAAAUGCAGUACAUUCGAUCACGAAUGUAAUUAUUUCAAAUGUGUCGUCUCUUUUUCUUUUCAAAGUAAAAUUAAGAAGGUAUGUACUAAAAAUCGUCUAUGCUUAUAAAAAAUUGUAAUGCAUGACAAAAGGAAGGAAUUGAUAAACGUUUUUCGUUGUAUUUAAGCCCUUUUAUUAUAUGGUGUGAUAAGGUCGAUAUUACGUAAUUAUGGUAAUGGGCUGGUGGUUUUUCCCUUUUUUUAUUGAAUUAUAAACUAAAUAAUUAAUGAUUUCGGUUAAUUAAGGUGAUUCAUCCAACCUGGGUAAGGUUUUCCUGAUAACAAGGUCAUGGAGGUCAGACUGGGGUCGCUUCAUGUAUAAUCAAUUGCGGAGAAACUUGACCCAUGGUCUUCGAAAAACCGGCCGAUGUUUAUUCCCGGGUCGUGUGUAAAUUUUUUCUCGGGCGUAUUUCAAGCGGGAUGCGUCGAUAUUCUCUAGGAAUAUAAUUUUGUGAUAGUUUUGACGUGUUCCGAUUAAUAUAAAACGUAAACCAGUUUUAAAUACGUAGUACUACUAUCUUGAGUCGCGUGCAUUGCUUAAUUUUCAUUCAACAAAGUUUUGAUUUGGAAAUAAAAUCUCCAUAUCGCGUCUUAUAAAUUUUUUUGCACUUAAGAACAUAAAGUGAGAAAUUCAUGUUUUUUUUUUUUACUUUAAAACCAAUCAGAAAUAGACAAUGUGACCUAUCUUCUUUUGCGAAAUUGUAUUGAAAUCCAUGUAAUGUAAUGUUAUGUCUGCCAUCAUAUGUUCAAAAAUAUAUGGAGUCCAUAGAACACUAUCUUACCGAUAACCAUACUACUUAUGAGAAAUGAAUUGUUAAACAUUUUUAAUUUUAAGUUUGUACAUUAUAAUUUAGGUAUCAUAAGAGUAUAAAAUGCAUUAAAUAUAUUAAUCGGAGCUCGUCAGUUAUGUUUGUGUGUAAUGCUUUUGUAAAUUUCGCUUGAAACCAAAGAUGUAAUUUUUUGUGUUCAAAUUUACCACUUGGGUUCAUUGUAAAUCGACAUUGUGGGUAAAAUGUGUGUAUUUUGCUGACAGUACACAGUUUAAUAUAUAUUUGGUAUAAAUUAUCUUAUAAAGAUGUUAACUUCAGCUUGAACCUAUAAAGGUAACGUUAUUAAGGUCUAUUUUCACACAUCAGUAUCUUGUUAUGUCCGGAAUAUAAAAAACCGUCUAUCACACUAGUCCUGUUGAAAUGUCUCAUAGUGGGAAAACUGAGCUAACUUUUUUAGUGUCACUUGUCCCAUUUGACUACUGGGACACUUGUCCUACCCCACUAUGCCCUGGACAGCUCAAUGGAACUAGUGGGACAGACGAAAUAAAGCAAAUAUCAUGGCAUACUUUAUAUAUGGAUCCGAUCACACACGUCUGUAUCAGCGCCGAUCACUUUUCUGUACGUAAUAUAUCCAAAAAGUAACGAUAUUUUUAAGCUAUUGACGAGCUCCGGAUAUGACUUUGAUAUGUAAGGAUAGACCCAAAAAAGAAAGUGGUAAAAUUUCAAUAAUUGUUUACUGUCUUUCUGAAAAUGACAGUCCAUUUUGUGCCACUCCAGUAUAACAAUUGGGUUUUCGAAUAAAAUUUGUACCUCUGCCAUUUCUUAAACCUAUCUCUGAAGUGUAUAUUUUUUAGUUUAAUUUAACUCUUGUCUGUAACAUACUAACUUAUUAACAUGUAUGUAUAUUAAAGAACAUUUCUAAUAUAUAUCCUUUAGUUAUAUAAUUGUUACAUACGUUAGUGUAAGCAAUAAGCGCGUUCGCGUCACCUUGUAUGUUGUAUGAUAAGUUGUUGAUGCUACAGAAGUCACUUACAAUAGUUUUAUUUAAAUAAAAAAAACAAUGAAAAUGUAUUUAUUUAUUAAAUAUGAAUUAACAUUCAUGAUGA